UUAGUGAAAAAAUGUCAGCCGUGCCUGACGGCAAAAAGCUUGUGCGAAGCCCGAGUGGACUGCGAAUGGUGCCGGAGAAUGGAGCAUUUGGCAGUCCGUUUUCGUUAGCCGAGCCUCAGUGGGUUCCAGACAAAGAGUGUCCCAGAUGCAUGCAGUGUGACACAAAAUUUGACUUCAUCACCAGAAAGCACCACUGUCGGCGCUGUGGUCGGUGUUUUUGCGAUAAAUGCUGCAGUAAGAAGGUGGCAUUACCCAGGAUGUGUUUUGUGGAUCCGGUCAGGCAGUGCGGGGAAUGCAGCCUCACCUCACAGAAAGAGUUUGAGUUUUAUGACAAGCAGCUCAAAUGUCUCACUGCUGGUGGCACGUUUGUGGUUACAGUAGGCUCUUCGGAGAAAUCAGAGACCAUGACAUGCAGACUGUCAAACAACCACAGAUAUUUGUUUCUGGAUGGAGAAAGCCAUUUUGAGGUGGAGUUGUCUCGGAUCUCCAGCAUGCAGGUGCUAACAGAGGGCUCGACUUCUGGAGAGAAAGAAAUUCACACAUACACCACUCUGCUGGACAGUCAGUAUAUAUCAGAAGACGGUGCGUCCCGUGCGACAGGCAUGCUGCUGCACUACAAGCCUCCCGGCUCACAGGAUUCACAGCAGCUUCGCAUGGAGGCUGCCGACGACAAGAAGAGUGCCUCCACCUGGCUCGCUGCCAUGCACAAGGCGGCCAAACUGCUGUACGAGUCGAGGGAUCAGUAAAACAUCUGAAGGAUAAACACAGAGCUGAAGAAAGGAAUGGAUGAGAAAAGAAGAGGAAGAAGUGGAAGACUUCCUGCAUAUUCUCUAUUACUUAAUCCACAAUGUCUACAUGCUUUCUAUCAGACUUCUGCUUUCUGUUUCCUUUUUGGAAGGAUUGGAUUGGUCACGUGGCCUGUCCAUCACUCCAACGGGGCGGACCAAGUUAACCAAUGAUCUUAGUGCAAUAUAAAAUAUAUAGACUAUAUUGAUGCAUACAGGUAAUGUCACAAUGUACUCUCACGUAUGGAUUUGUUUUUUCCUUUUUUUUAAAACUGCCAGAUUGCUAUUUUAACACAAAAUAAUGUGUAUGUAUCGACUUUGUACUGCUAAUAUAUUUACAAUACUGCCUUUUAACACUUUAAAAAAAAAUUCUUUUGAACACUAGAUUAGUUAGAAAAGUAGCACAGAUACGCCGUUCACACUCUAAACCUGUAUAAAUACUGGGUUACCUUAGCAAUACAGGCCAAUUUACCGUUUGCACCUUUUUAUUAACGAAUUACCUGGUACACACAAUGUGGUGUUAAGCAAUGUCGCACAUUGUGGCUUCCGUUACUCUUACGUUCACACACUUUAGAUUAUAAGUUGCAUCCACUAUAUUUACUUUAUGCAUUUUCUCCCCUUUUUCUCCCCCUUAGCAUGUCCAAUUGCCCGAUUGCGUCAUGCUUCCUCUCCACCAAUGCCAAUCCCUGCUCUGACUGAGGAGAACGAAGCUAACCCAUGCCCCCUCCGACACGUGGGCAGCAUGCCGUAUGCAUUUUAUCACCUGCACUUCGACGAGUGCAGUGCAGCUCAGCGUUGUGUACAGAGAGACACACCCUGAGAGCACUCUUUUCUCAUCUCUGUGCAGGCACCAUCAGUCAGCCAGCAGAGGUCGUAAUUGCACCAGUCAUGGGAGAGAUACCCCAUCCGGCUUAGUCCCGCCCAUAUCUGAACAACAGGCCAUUUGUUGUUCAUGAGGCCGCUCAGCCCUAGCCGGUAGGCAGAGCUGAGAUUCGAUACGAUGUAUUCGUGAUCCCAACUCUGGUUCCAGCGUGUGUUUUACCACUGUGUUACCUGAGCGGCCAGUUGCAUCCAUUCUUAACAGCAAUGACUGUGCAUUCAGAUUUCAGUUAAACUAAAAAUCAAAGGUUAGAGCCAAAAGUAUGAGGACACCAGCCAACUUUUACACAUCCUGUUUCAAAACAACAGGAAUUAAGGUACAAUUGGACCUGGCUUGUACACAGGGGACUAGAGCAAACAGGAGUGUUCCAAAAAUGGUUGACUGAACACCUGAAACACAUUCCUAAUAACUUUAGGUUUUAUGAAAAUGUGCUGGGUUAAAAAUACACAUUCAGCAACUUAGAUUUACUCACUAAUGUACAUGGAACAGUUGUCUCUUCUGAAAGGCAGAAAGAAAGCCCUAACGGUCACUUAAUGCUAAGUGGAAAUUUGACCAAGUGGUCAGAAGGAACAUAGGAACCACCAAAAACCAGGUCUGCCUUAAAUUAGAAGCUACAGGGCCAUGAGUGAUACUGUACACAGUCAAGAGUGCUGAUGUUGUACAUGUCACAAUCAGCACCUUGAAUAAGUAGAGGGGCUACUGGUGGUAAGAUCCACACUACUGGUAACAUCAGUGCCUGUGUUCCAGGGGUUUAAAUACUGUACUGGGCUUAGAAAUACAGAAGGCGCAUGGUAUGGUGUUACAAGACCCUAGCCAGUGGUGGGCACAUAUAGUGCCGAACCCAAGCCCAAAUAAAUAGAAGGAAAGGCAUCCAGAGUAAAAACAAUGCCAGAUCUAAUAUGCAGACGAUCAAUCCACUGUGGCGAUGCCUAACCAGAGCAACUGAAAUAAAUCAUUCAUUCAUGUUUUCAGCAGCCUUCAAACACAAGGACAAUGUUAAUCAUUCUUUUUGGGGCCAGCAUAUUGUCAAAAUAAAAGGACUUCCUAUAACAUCCCACAGCAUGCAUGUCAGGUACAUUACUGAUGAAUAAAGUCAUUUAAUGGUAAAAGGGCUUGUGUGUAUAGGCUUUGCUUAAAUUUUUUUUUUUUUUUAGCUACAAAUGUUGCGUGACUGAAAUAAGUUUUUUUUUUUUCCUUACAGUGCUGUUUAACAUUUAAAGUUCAGCUUAAGGACCAGCGUAUGGCUUUUCUGAAGAACAAAAAAAAUGACUGGGUUUAACAGCACAAUGUAAAACAAGCUAAAUCAAUGACUCUGUAUGUACAUUUUCUGUUCAGUUUUUCAUGAAUCCAUGGUCAGUAUUCAGAAAACAGAAAAAUAUUUGAGGUAAUUCUGUUUUCUUCCCCAAACAUGAAAAUUCCUGCCCCCCUCACCCCCCAACUAUUUUAAAAUUGUUUACAAAUGUAUGUGCAUGUUUUUUCUUAUUGACUCAAUCUUUUAAUGCUGAUUAAAUUAGUUCUUUGUAACCUGUAAAUUUGUCUGAUUUUCAUUUUCUCUAUGAACUUUCUCAGGUUUUACAUGAUCAAGCAACAAUUGAGUGCUUUAAUAAAAUGAAGUGUGAUUAUCAUCACAA